GCCCCAUACUACUUUGUCGGUCACAAAUUGCACACCGCAAUAUCCAUUGCUGCGGGCACAGUGAUGUGUCUGUUUGGAUACGAGCAAGGUGUCUUCGGAGGCAUUAUGGUCGGACAGCCCUUCAUAUCGUACUUCGCGGAUCCUUCGCCAUCAGUACUAGGCUUCGUAACCAGUAUAUACGAUCUCGGAUGUUUUGGAGGCGCUAUCUUAUCGUCAUUUGUGGGAGAAAAGUUGGGACGAAGAUGGAUGCUGAUGGUGUUCACUGUCAUCAUGACUGUGGGAAUCGUGAUUCAGACUGUGGCGCAGAGCAUGACCUGGCUGGUCUGGGGAAGACUGAUUGCAGGGAUUGGGAAUGGGGGAAACACGGCUACUGCGCCUGUAUGGCAUGUGGAAUGCAGCCGCAGCGAGGAGAAGGGCCGCGCCGUCGUGAAGGAGAUGACCGUGAAUGUCGGAGGAUUCGUGAUGAGCAAUGUUAUCACGCUUCUCUUCAGCGGUGCUAGCUCAGAGGCUCAGUGGCGGUUCCCGUUGGGCAUACAGCUGAUCUUCAGCGUGAUUAUCCUAUGCAUGGUUUAUAUCUUGCCUGAGAGUCCUAGAUGGCUUCUCAUGAGGAGCAGGGAUGCUGAAGCUCGGAACGUGCUCAGGGCUUUGAGUGAUAGCGAUGGCGAGGCACAAGACGAGUUUGUCAAAAUCAAGGAGUCUGUAAAAGUCGAGCAAGCAGCAAAAGCAUCAUGGAAACAGGUCUUCGCUGGAGGCCAGGCUACUCGACGAGUGUCUCUUGGUGUCCUGCUUCAAAUGGCCCAGCAGUUGUCAGGUAUAAAUGUCCUAUGCUAUUACUUGCCUCUGGUUCUACAUCGUUCGGUCGGUCUGCCGGAGCUCACCUCUCAUAUCAUCGCCACCAUCAAUGCUUUCUGUUUCAUGAGCGCGACUUGGGCAUCAAUUACAAUCAUCGAGCGCGUAGGGCGCCGUCCUCUCUUGAUGAUAUCUGCCGCUUGCAUGUCCCUUGCCUUCCUCGGUAUUGCAAUAUCAGUGGGAAUAGGGCAGUCCAACCUCGGAAGCAGUCUCGUUCCGGGUAUCGUCGCCACGGUGUUUAUGUUCCUCUACUUCACCGCCUUUAGCUUUGGCUGGAUCACGGUCCCUUGGUUGUAUCCAGCUGAAGUAAACUCCCUUUCCAUGCGCUCGAAAGGUGCCGCGCUUGCCACAGCAUCCGAUUGGCUCUUCAACUAUGUUGUGGUCCAGACGACGCCGAUUGGCAUUCACUAUCUGGGAUGGUUCAUGUACCUUAUCUACGCCAUCUUGAAUGCUUCGUUUGUUCCUUUCGUUUACUACUUCAUUGUGGAGACCGCAGGCAAGAGCUUGGAACAAAUCGACAGAUGGUUUGCGGGUAAC